GAAGCGGGGUCAAAGCAGAGACAGACAACCAGCAGCGCCCAGACCAAGGAGGAAUGCUCUCUUGCUGCAAACAAGUUACAGUAACAUUGUUCUCAGUGCAUUCUGCAACGCCCCAGCCUUUAAUUUCCAACCAGACCUCAUCAUGAUGGAGACAGAGCAAACGGCUGUGAGUUGUCAUGCACCGGGCCAAAUUUCUGUCAGGACCUGGCUUUCCUCCAGCACAAGAGGAGCACCCAGAGCACCCAGUGACGCCACCUCCCGUUUCCAUGGAGACGGGGUUCGCUACAAAGCCAAGCUGAUCGGCGUUGACCCGGUACCGGACGCCCAGGGAGAGAAGAUGUGCUGGGACUCUAUGAUGAAGCUCAAGGGCUUUGAGGCAGCAGCAAGGAGACAGGGGAAACACAAGCAGAGAGUCUGGUUGAAAGUUUCCUCCAGCGGACUGAAAAUGGUCGAUGAAAGGACCGGGGCUAUACUUCAUGACCACGACAGGAGCAGGAUCAGCUCUUUGACCAAAGAUGAGUCCGACCCCAGAGCUCUGGCCUACGUUUACCAACACCAAGACACCUACAGCCUCUUCUACAUCAAGACAGCCAACCUGGCAGAACCGGUCCUGGUUGACAUUGAGGAGGUUUGUCAGGUUGUGGAACAGGAGACGCCACAAGAACCUGCAGAGGCACUGAAACAAACCAGUUCCUUACUGCAAUUAAAUGACAGUUCAGUCCCUCCAGCUGAGGGAGCAGCUUUUGAGGAUGUCUUCAGUCCAUGGCCGAAUUCUUCUUCAGGACAAUCAAACCAGGCCUCUUUCAGUAAUGAGCUGAUGGAAGUCUUCUCCGUCCAGAUGGAGGAACCGCUGAUGCCCAACCAGAGCACCAGUCAGCCAGAGUCUCCACAGCCAGCGCUCUCGUCCUCUCAGAUCCUCUCCAUGUUCCCCACACAGCCAGCAGGCGGCUCUCCGUACUCCUCUCCCCCGUACUCUCCCACCACCAUGCCCUGGGGCCAGCAGGGAUUUCUGGGAAAUCAGUGGGCAGGUCCAGCUGCAGCGCCCUGGCCCACAAUUCACAGCGGUAUGGCAGCCUUGGUACCAGCGGGCAUCGCAGCACCCCCUGCAGGAGGCCAGAUGAUGAUGAUGAUGGGAGGAGACACACCUGCUUCACCCACAGCUGUCCACGGGUACCCCACCCCUUUAAACUCCCUCUAUUCCCCCACUGGAGCACCUGGACCACUGCCUUCAGCAUCCCCCACCUUGGAUCAAAGUCCCCUCUUGUGAUGAACUGGUUAGAAUAGGAAAAGUGUUAUUGAAUUGAAAAAUUGCUGCUCAUUAAGAACCACACAAAUUUAAUAACAAUUACGUUUCUGGACAUUCAUUCUUUCUUUUAUUUGGAGAUUAAAUAAAAUAUUUGUGUUGCUAUUGAAGAAAACUGUAAGAUUAAAACAAUCAAAAAUGUCAGUCACAGUUACCGUAUAAUAUUUACUGUCUAUUCAAACUGGAAUAUACAAAAAUCUCAUACAAAUAAUUGUUAACUGAUAAUUGUAAUUGCAAAGAAAUUGAUGCUAAUCAUGUUUCAUUUUACCAGCUCAUCUGUUUUAUGAGUUU